AUGCCCCUGAUGCAAAACAUCAUCUCCCAAGUCCCAUCGCACUUUACAAAAGUACUUUACUUCCCAAGACAUAACGAAGAAGUGUCUCAUUUUCCAAUAUACGAAAUUUCCGAGCAAUACUUUGACAAGAUCGGAAAGUUACCUAUGGGAUCUAGAGACUACAAGGUUGAGCUAUGCCUUCUUCGCAAGCCAAAUGGAGAGUUUCUCGGCGAUAAUGCUCGUUUCUUGGUGGAUGUUGGUGAUGACAGCACCUCGAUGUCUGUUCGUGAAAGAAUCCUAGGUCAAGAUCCUGUCGAGGCACAAGUGCUACUUCCCAACUCAGAAGAAACUGAAUAUUCUAUCCACACAGAUACCAGCACAACAUCAGCUCAUAGCUCUGGUCAUCUUGUAUUCCCAUUACCCGAGAAGCAGACGAAGAGACAACUCGUUCGAUAUCCAUAUUUCGCCAUCACUAGCACCAUCUUCGGCGAUAGAGAUGCCAAUAUCGGUCGAUAUGAAUGGCAGGUCCACCCAAAUGAGAAAGGGCCACUCCGAUACGAAUUAGUUGAUGUAGGAGAGAAUGAUUCUGGAGAGGUUGAUAGUUCAAUAUUGGCUAUCUACCACCACCACGGUUUCGAGAACGAACUGCCUGCAUCAUACAGUCAUGGAGUUUUAUUACUUCCAUCCACUUCGACAUCGGAGUUCGAGAUAGCGGUUGUGUCAAGUCUUUUAGCUGUUCUUUCAGCUGUUCGACAACAACCGACGUCGAGGAAGCAAUCACGUAUCAGGUCCCUGAUGGCUUGCUUAUAG